UCAUUGUUACACAAAACAGAAAUGGCGCAGAAAGGAGUUCAGCUGGAUCAGGAAACACUUUCCUGUUCAAUAUGCUUGGAUCUACUGAAGGAUCCGGUGACUAUUCCCUGUGGACACAGCAACUGUAUGAGCUGUAUUAAAAAACACUGGGAUGGAGAAGAUAUGAAGAACAUCCACAGCUGCCCUCAGUGUGGACAGACCUUCACACCCAGGCCUGUCCUGGUGAAAACCACCAUGUUGUCAGUUUUAGUGGAACAGCUGAAGAAGACUGGACUUGAACCUGCUGCUGCUGACCACUGCUGCGCUGGAGCUGAAGAUGUGGUCUGUGAUGUGUGCACUGGGAGGAAACUGAAAGCUGUCAAGUCCUGUCUGGUGUGUUUGGUCUCCUACUGCCACAAACACCUUCAGCCUCAUCACGAUGUACCUCAGUUAAAGAAACACAAGCUGGCGGAUCCGUCGGAGAGGCUCCAGGAGAACGUCUGCUCUCAUCAUGAUGAGGUGAUGAAGAUGUUCUGCCGCACUGAUCAUCAGUGUAUCUGUUAUCUGUGCUCUGUGGAUGAACAUAGAGGCCACGACACAGUUUCAGCUGCAGCAGAAAGGACUGAGAGGCAGACAGAGCUGGAGGUGAGUCGACAGAAAAUCCAGCAGAGAAUCAAAGACAAACAGAAAGAUGUGAAGGUGUGUCAACAGGAGGUGGAGGCCAUCAGACGCUCUGCUGAUGAAGCAGUGGAGAAGAAUGGCAAGAUCCUGACUGAGCUGACCCAACUGAUGGAAGAAAGACGGCGUGAUGUGGAGCAGCAGAUCAGAUCUAAGGAGGAAACUGAAGUGAUUCGAGUUAAAGAGCUGGAGUCGAAGCUGGAGCAGGAGAUCACUGAGCUGAGGAGGAAAGACGCUGAGAUGGACAAACUGUCACGCACAGACGACCACAUCCAGUUUUUACUCCAGUAUCCAUCAGUGUCCGAACUCAGUGAAGACCCAGACUCAUCCAGCAUCGACAUCCGUCCUCGGAGUUACUUUGAGGAUGUGACGACAGCUGUGUCAGAGCUCAGAGAUAAACUACAGCACAGUCUGACAGAGGAAUGGAACCCUCAACCAGGGAUAGGGUUAUGGUUAUGGUUAUGGAUAGUGUUAACCCUAACCCUAACCCUAACCAUAACCUUAACCUGUGUUUCACCGUCAAAUCAACAUCCUGAACCACAGACCAGAGCAGAUUUCUUACAAUAUUCAUGUAAAAUCACACUGGAUCCAAACACAGUGAAUGAACAUCUGUCACUGUCUGAGGAGAAUAAAAGAGUAACACGUACUGGUCAAAAACAGGACUAUCCUCAUCAUCCAGACAGAUUCAGUGACUUUCAUCAAGUCCUGAGCAGCGAGAGUCUGACUGGUCGAUGUUACUGGGAGGUGGAGUGGAGUGGGGAGUUCGUUGAGGUCGCAGUUGCAUAUAAGGAUAUUAAGAGAGAAGGAAACUCUGAUGAAUGUAAAUUUGGACACAAUGACAAAUCUUGGGCUUUAUGUUGUAACAAAAACCCUCCUGUAUUUCGGUACAACAGUGUCCAGGUUCGUGUCUCAGGUCCAGUUUCAUCCAGAAUCGGAGUGUACCUGGAUCACACAGCAGGUAUUCUGUCCUUCUACAGCGUCUCUGAAACCAUGACUCUGAUCCACAGAGUCCAGACCACAUUCACUGAACCUCUGUAUGCUGGAGUUUGGCUUCGGCAUUGGAAAGUCGGCGUCACUGCCCACUUUCCUAAACUCCAGUAAACUUGUUAACUUUGAUCCAGUUGAUUAGAUCAAUAUUUACGUGUCCCUCUCGAAACCACACGACAGAAAAAUAGAUCAACUUUUUUUUUUUCCUGAACUCACAAUCCAGAUUUGGUCCCAUUCAGACUUUUUCCUGAGGAUUCUAAUAGUCAACUCUUUGUGACUAUCAACCAGCCAAUAGUCUGUUUAUAAAACCAUCUCUGAUGUUCACAGAGCUGUCAUUAACUGAGGACGACACAACAAGACUUUCAUCAUGUCUGUGUUUUUAAAAAGUAAAACAAAGUGGUGCCGUUUUUCUACUUUGGAGGAGUUUCGUUCAAAUCUACUGUUCUUUCCUGUUUCCUAAAGAAGCAGCGUGGACUGACGAGGCUCAGUCAUGUGACUGGAAUGGGUUUCAGAUAAUAGUGGAACCUGAUUGGUUCAGUUACAAGGACAUGGAUUUGGAGACAACAAUAGAAGUAGAGAAAAUGAACAAACUCAGACUGAGGCUGAGCUCAUGUAUGUAAACCUGUUAAUCAGAUUUUUAAUCAUUCUUGUACCUGUGCAUGUGUGGAAAGAAAAAGAAAUCAUAGAAAACUGAAGUGAUUGAGUCAAA